UGCGGGAUUCUAGGCUCCCCUGUGACAGCCGCGGCAGGAAGCAGGCCGGCGCUCCGCGGCCACAGGCCUGCUGUUUUCGGAAGGGAGAAAGCUGGACAUUUCCCCACGUAACUCCCAGCUCUGGGCCUAGAGUGUGUGCAUGGCGAAGUCCCCGGAGAACUCUACCCUGGAGGAGAUUCUGGGGCAGUAUCAACGGAGUCUCCGGGGUUGUUCUUGCAGAACGUGCCAGUAGAAGCAUUCACCAACUGAAAUGUGCCCUGAAAGAAGGUGAUGUCACUAUUGGAGGAGAUGCACCAAAUCUUUCUUUUAGCACCAGUGUGGGAAAUGAGGAUGCCAGGACAGCCUGGCCCGAAUUACAACAGAGCCAUGCUGUUAAUCAGCUCAAAGAUUUGUUGCGCCGACAAGCAGAUAAGGAAAGUGAAGUAUCUCCAUCAAGAAGAAAAAUGUCCCCUUUGAGGUCAUUAGAACAUGAGGAAACCAAUAUGCCUACUAUGCACAACCUUGUUCCUAUUAUUAAUGACCAGUCUCAAUAUAUUCAUCAUUUAGAGGCAGAAGUUAAGUUCUGCAAGGAGGAACUCUCUGGAUUGAAAAAUAAAAUACAAGCAGUUGUGCUUGAAAAUGAAAGCCUCCAGCAAGAGCUGAAAUCUCAAAGACAGGAGGAGACACUAAGGGAACAAACACUUCUGGAUGCAUCUGGAAACGUGCAGAAUUCUUGGAUUACAACAGGUGAAGAUUCUGGGGUGGGUGAAGCUGCCAAAAGACCAUUUUCCCAUGACAAUGCAGAUAUUGGCAAAGCUGCAUCUGCUGGUGAGCAGCUAGAACUGGAGAAGCUAAAACUUACUUAUGAGGAAAAAUACGAAAUUCAGGAAUCCCAACUGAAGUUUUUGAGGAAAGACUUAGCUGAAUAUCAGAGAACUUGUGAAGAUCUUAAAGAGCAACUAAAGCAUAAAGAGUUUCUUCUGGCUGCUAAUACUUCCAACCGGGUUGCUGGUCUUUGUUUGAAAUGUGCUCAGCACGAAGCUGUUCUUUCCCAGACCCAUAAUAACGUUCACAUGCAGACCAUUGAAAGACUGAUGAACUAUCUCCACAAUAGAUGAUUGUCCCACACAGAUGCAGUCCUGCCACGAAGGCUCUUGGCCUUUCCGGCUGCUCUGCCUGCCGCUCGCCAAAGAAAGAGAUGACCUGAUGUCUGCACUAGUUUCCGUAAGGAGCAGCUUGGCAGAUACGCAGCAGAGAGAAGCAAGUGCUUAUGAACAGGUGAAACAAGUUUUGCAAAUAUCUGAGGAAGCCAAUUUUGAAAAAACCAAGGCUUUAAUCCAGUGUGACCAGUUGAGGAAGGAGCUGGAGAGGCAGGCGGAGCGACUUGAAAAAGAACUUGCAUCUCAGCAAGAGAAAAGGGCCAUUGAGAAAGACAUGAUGAAAAAGGAAAUAACGAAAGAAAGGGAGUCCAUGGGAUCAAAGAUGUUGAUCUUGUCUCAGAAUAUUGCCCAACUGGAGGCCCAGGUGGAAAAGGUUACAAAGGAAAAGAUUUCAGCUAUUAAUCAACUAGAGGAAAUUCAAAGCCAGCUUGCUUCUCGGGAAAUGGAUGUCACAAAGGUGUGUGGAGAAAUGCGCUAUCAGCUGAAUAAAGCCAACAUGGAGAAGGAUGAGGCAGAAAAGGAGCACAGAGAGUUCAGAGCAAAAACUAACAGGGAUCUUGAAAUUAAAGAUCAGGAAAUAGAGAAAUUGAGAAUAGAACUGGGUGAAAGCAAACAACACUUGGAACAGGAGCAGCAGAAGGCAGCCCGGGCCAGAGAGGAGUGCCUGAGACUAACAGAACUGCUGGGCGAAUCCGAGCACCAACUGCACCUCACCAGACAAGAAAAAGAUAGCAUUCAGCAGAGCUUUAGCAAGGAAGCAAAGGCCCAAGCCCUUCAGGCCCAGCAAAGAGAGCAGGAGCUGACACAGAAGAUACAGCAAAUGGAGGCCCAGCAUGACAAAACUGAAAAUGAACAGUAUUUGUUGCUGACCUCCCAGAAUACAUUUUUGACAAAGUUAAAGGAAGAAUGCUGUACAUUAGCCAAGAAACUGGAACAAAUCUCUCAAAAAACCAGAUCUGAAAUUGCUCAACUCAGUCAAGAAAAAAGGUAUACCUAUGAUAAAUUGGGAAAGUUACAGAGAAGAAAUGAAGAAUUGGAGGAACAGUGUGUCCAGCAUGGGAGAGUACAUGAGAUAAUGAAGCAAAGGCUAAGGCAGCUGGAUAAGCACAGCCAGGCCACAGCCCAGCAGCUGGUGCAGCUCCUCAACAAGCAGAACCAGCUUCUCCUGGAAAGGCAGAGCCUGUCGGAAGAGGUGGACCGGCUGCGGACCCAGGAUUGCACCCAGGUGCUCUGUGAGUGCCCUGGGGACUUCAGGCAAUACACGCUUGGAGUGAUGAAUAGGAAAAAUGCAUCUGGAAAUGGAAACGAAGAGGAGUCUCAUUCUCCUUACAAAAUGACCCUGUGCUCAAGGAACCUGACUCAUAGAAGAGAGCCGAAAACAAGCAGGGGACGCAGAGACACAGAAGAUGAUGAAGGAGGAAAGGCCCAUUGCGACUGCAAGCAAAGGGAGAAGGGAGGCUCUAGAAAAGUGACAGCUCCAGGGGACCAACACUCCCUGCUGGGGAGGCCUGCCUGCAAGGCAGAGCUGCUGCAGGCUGCCCAUGUUAGGCCUUGGAGGUGUCACUUAAUUUACUGUGGUCCUUCCAGGAGCCCUGGGGGCCUCGCCCAGCUGACUUAGGAGCUACCACAAAGUUAGCUACCUGUAAGACAGAUGGUGCUUGAAUAGAACAGCAAAUACACUGAAUAAAAUAAAUUAAAAAGCCUCCUCCUGAACCAAGAUUUUUUGGAAAGAAUUCUAAAUAGAUGAAAACAAACAAUUUGAUUUCAACCAAAUUGUUGUUUUUUUGUUUUUAUCCUGAUUUUCACCCGAAUUGUCAGUCUCAAAAAUAAACACUGAUACAUUCCCAGAAAAUAUUUUUCAAAUAAAAACUGACUCUGUUAAAGUUUGCCCUGAUUCUUUCAAAACUGUGUACAAGACACUGUCAACCAAAGUGACUUGCAUAUUUUUUUAAAUAAACUUGAACAUAUGCAGCUAAAAUGUCAUUAACUCCCUGCUGCCUGAGUGUGUUUAAAGAAUGACACGAGGCCCCGGGUGCUGCGUGUCUAACAUGAGCAUCUCGCGACCUUCGGCGAAACUUCCCCAAACACCUCCAGCAGCAGAGAGUCAAACUUCGUGUUUUUUUGACUGAGCACCCUGUGUCUAAUACUGAAAAGCGCGCAGGGCUUCAUUUUAGCCAGACUUGCUCUUCCGUUAGCAGUUCACUUUGUCCAAGAGAGAGUACUUUCAGAAUGAGAAUCAUGGGAGAAAAGUGCAUUGAAUUUUAUAUUCCUUCAGAUACAUUUGCUCUACUUAUUGCUUCCUGAGUCAGACAUUACAUUUUGCAAUAUAAAUUCACAAUCAAGAUUUUAAAGGGAGCUAAAUAUUUUAAUCCAAUUAGACAAGUGAACAAAACACUGAAUAUUACAUGUAGUGUAGAUCAGUGGUUCUUGCCUUUAAAAGACUGUAAUUCCGUCACAUUACAACCCCAAAUGUCAGUGUUGUCUUUAUUUUUAACACUUUCAAACAUGAGGCAGCCAGAGGCUCCACUCUCUGCUGUUGGUGACACUGUCUGUCCUUUGGGAAUUCUUAAAAUCUAUUUACCAUGGAAACAUGGUUCAUAUAAAACACAGACCUGCCUGUGUGGAGAGGAAGUUCUGAUGACUCAGGGGACUUGAGAAAGCUGGAAGAUGACAAACUCAGACCCCAUGGUUAGGAAGGAACCCCUGGGCUUGGGUGCACCCUGGGGAGGCGAGCGGCACCUCAGAGCCAGGACCUCCACCCCAGCCUCCUGUGUGCUGGGGCCUCCCUCUCCCCCUCAAGUCCAGCUAGAGAUGCUGUCUUAUGGAAGUCCCACUUCGUGUCUGCAAGGCGGCCUUCUCUGUGGCUGCCUUACCAUUUCUCUGGUUUCUACGGCCCCGUUCCUUUCUCGGAGCCCAGAAGCAGCAAAGCCAAGGCCUGCAGUGGAAGGAGGGCUUUGAACUCUGACUGCCGUGUGGCUGCUGUUGUCAGAGGCCCAGCUGGGCAGCCAGGAGGGAAGAGUGGCCGCUGCCCUGGGAUGGUUUUAAUCAUCAGCUCCUGCCCUGCUCUGCAGCUGACAGGGCAAGGUUCCUGGACAGGCCUGACCUGGAGGGGAUGAGGCCCUCAGCGAGAACCUCAGUCACUGUGCUGGGGACAGCAGGGCCGCGGGGGCCUGAAGGUGGCCGACCGCCCCUCAGCUCUGUAGAGGAAUACUCCCUUCUAACAGGUGGGCGGUCCUGCUCGAAGGCUGUGCUUCCACAAGGUUCUGCCCAGCAUGCUGAGGGCACCUCCUCACUGCACUGGUGGCAAGCCAGAGCUCACGUGGCUUAUUUCAUCCAGGUUUCCUGCCCAGUUUGGCAGGUUAAUUCCGUAGAUAUCAAACUGGCUCCCCCUCAUCUGCUAGAGCAAGCGGGAGAGUCCUGCAUGGGAGUCUGGACUUUGAGGUCAAACUGCCUGGGUUCGAAUCUCAGCUCUGCGUCGCCUCAGAGACAUGUGUUAGCUUCCAUGUCACUUGAUUUCUGGCAGAGAAAAAGAAAAAAGAACCAGCUUCCCUUUAAAAGGAAGUGCCUGAUAUCACCCAGAGCCCAGCACGGAUGGUUAUGAAACCAGCAGGAUUAGUGCUGAGAUCAUUGUGGGUUUGAAAGGGCCAUUUGAGAUAAAUAACCAUUUUGUACAUAGAAAAAUAAGGCUCAGAGAAAUGAAGUGAAUGGAAUUGGGAAGUGGCUGGGCAGGGAAAUGAACUUCUUCUCAGGCCACAGGAUGUGUGGAUGGGGGCAGGUACCCGAGCGGGUGCGGGCGGAGCCGGGCCUGGCUGGAACAGCUGCCGAGCCCUAGCUCUGGCGCCCAGAACACGAGGCGGAGGCGGGAGGCGAGCCACCAAGCGAGGCAGGGGCUGCCCUGGAGCUCUGUCAACUCAGGGCCAGCUUUGAAAUGCCCCAGAUGGAGAUGGGGGAGGGGUCUGCCCUCUCCAGUUACAAAUGGAUGCUUUAUUGCCAGACACACAAGGAACCAGGACCAUGUUUUGACUUGGCCAAACAGAGGCAGCACGCCAGUGACAGAGCAGAUAGCGGCGGGGAGGGGAUGUUACCUUCAGAAGGGCUGGCUAGAGCCACCCACAGAGAGAAUGAAGUGGGAAGCCCGGGCAGGUCUCCCGUGAGCAGGGGCGAGGGGUGCCACCAUCUCCCCGGGCUGCCACUUCUGGCCUCUCUGGCUGGCUUGGGAACAAAGCAGCAGAAAAGGCUGGCUGGACCCCACAGCGUGGUUGCCCGGGGAACAGUUCAGGUCACCCAGAGCAACUCAUUUCUUACACUCAGAACUUAACAAACUUCAGAAAUGAACGAGGCAGGGUUUGUGGAGAGAAGACUAAAACGAGAACAAAGAAAAUGGGUUAGCAGCUGUGUGCCCGCAGCUGGGGGUGCAUUUCCGCCACCUGUGGACAGCACGGCAGGGGAGCCGUGGCCAGUGUGCUGCGGGGCAGCCACAGGAGGGCCACAGCAGGGCCAUGAUGACAAAUGGAAGGGGCAGAAGGAUGGGAGACACUGGCUGAGGGCUCAGGUCCCGCUGGCAUACGCACGCGCUGCUUUCCUGGACAGCGAGACCACGGCCACUGCGGUGCUGAUGACAGGGCCUUCUGGAAAUAAGCAUCAUGGAUAUCCCUAACGGCAGAUAAGCCAGAUGUGGGCAGUAACUACGACUUCUGUCUCGGGACAUGCUGCAGGGUCAGAGGAGUGUGUGGUACCGAAGAGUCAGCAAACGGAGGCGACAAAACGUUACCCAGCAUGCCACAAUCUGAUUGCUGACCUGGAUGGAACAGAGUGAAAUAAAUGAUUUACAAAGAGAUAUUUACAUUCAUCUGAUUUAGACUGAAUAUGCCACAACGCACCACGACCUUCCCCGGGUGACACCGCCUCAGCCUGUAGGGGCUGGUCCUCCUCAGCACGUGCGCCAUCCCUGCACGCAGCCGGGCUGGAGCUGGAGUCUGACUCCAGAUGAGCAGAGCUCCUGGUGUAUGUUUUCAGAAAUGGCUUGAAGUUACGUGUUUCAAUCUGCUCAUUCGUAUGCUAGGUUAUACAUAUGAUUUUCAAUAAAUGAACUUUUUAAAGAC